AUUCAGAUGGCUUACACGGGACAAUCUAAUACCGUUCAGAUGACUGUAUGAUUCUUAUUCUCGCAGUUUUUCCGCAUAUUUCGAAAUUCUGUAGGCACCAUUAACCACGAGGGUUACAAGAGGGAACUCCCAAUUUUCACUGGACGAUGAUUCUCCCGUGCAAUCUGUAGUAGAGCGGGCAGCUUAUUUCUGACCAUCGAUGAACAACAUUGAGGAGACGGUUCAGGUUGGUCUGUUAAACGGAGCGCUGGUUCGAUCGACUUUCUCGCAUUGGAUCCGAGCAGACGGAUAAUUUCAUUAGGGAAAUCACGGCCGCAACGCAUCCUACGUUUCUUGCAGCGUGUAUCUCGUUUUACGGGACACGGGUGCACGGUCGUCGAUGCUGAUCGCGUGCACAGGAACGAAACAACGAGGUCUCGAUACACGACGAUUGACGUUUCCAUCCGCGCUGAUCGGGCUCUACACGGGGGAAAAAAGCCAUGCCUCGAACACCGUCGUGAAUCGACGCUGCACGAUUCAUGCAGAUACGUCGUUUAGCUGUUAAAGAUGUGCGACACGAGUGUCUGAGCCUCGCCGUACGAUGCAGUCCAUUUAUUGGACCGGGAGGCUGUUGUCUCGAGCGUUAUGGAAUGGUAUAUCGAAUUACACAACGUGCGCCGAUCCUAACGUGAGCAAGCAUCGCGAGGCAUCCUUCAUCUCGGCAGUAUGUGGUUUCCCGAAGGACUUCUCGCGUGGACGUGUACGGAAGGGUCAGUUCGGCGACGACGCUUGGUUCAGUGCCAAAUUCAAGGCUGUCGAAGUAAUAGGUGUAGCAGACGGUGUAGGAGGAUGGAGGCACUACGGGAUCGACCCAGGAGAGUUCUCCAGUUUUCUUAUGAGAACCUGCGAAAGAUUGGUCUCCAUGGGCAGAUUUACACCCUCCGAGCCAGCUGGUUUACUAGCGCGUAGUUACUAUGAAUUAUUAGAAAAUAAACAACCUAUACUAGGUAGCAGCACAGCGUGCGUGAUAAUCCUCAACAAAGAGACUAGCAGCAUUUACGCAGCUAAUAUCGGCGAUAGUGGUUUUGUAGUUGUGAGGAAAGGAGAAGUAGUUCAUCGUUCUUCCGAACAACAGCACUACUUUAAUACUCCGUUUCAAUUGUCUCUUCCACCUCCAGGACAUUCUGGUCUGGUACUUAGCGACAGUCCAGAGUCUGCGGACACUUCGAGUUUCGGGGUCGAAGACGGCGAUGUAAUUCUGCUGGCAACCGACGGAGUUUUCGAUAAUGUGCCUGAUCAGCUAAUUAUCACAGAGAUGCGUAAACUGCAAGGCGAAAAAGAUCCUACGAAAAUACAAGGAGUCGCGAAUUCGAUAGCUUGGAUGGCACGUAGUUUAGCUUUCGACGGCGCGUUCAUGUCUCCAUUCGCCCAAAGUGCUAGAGAGAAUGGAAUUGACACAAUAGGUGGUAAGCCAGAUGACAUUACAGUGCUUUUAGCAACGGUGGCAAUAUAAUAAAAUAUGUACAAUAGAGUCUUGAUCAUUGUAUUAUAGUCCAUGUCAUUGCGUAUAUGUACCUAGUUAUACAUCAUUAUAUCCUGUUAUGAUAAUCAUUUAUUAUUUAAAUCUAAAUAAAUGGUUUUGUAAAUCAUUCUUUGUCGUGUCGAUCUCCUACACACAGAAAUAACGAUGAACUUUUUUUUUCCGCUUAUCAGCGAGAAUGAAAUUAUAACUACGUAAUAU